AUGAUCCCAGCAGACUGUGUCUCCAUCCUGCUGAUGGCGCUUGGCUGCACCAGUAUCUUCAAAGAGCAACUUAACAUGAUGUCGGCUCUUGAUGGCACUCGUACUGCUAGCAGUUUCAAACAUCAGUUCCGUUCCAUCUUCGCCAAGGCUAAAGAGCUCAAAAAGCGCGUUGACGAAGGCGAAAAUUUCACACCCGUUCAGCCAGGCCAGAAGCGAGGAACGACCACUUCUGCAACUCGAAAAAAGAGAAAGGGCGACAACGACGACGACACCCCUUCCAAGAAGGCUCAAGCUCAGGUUGAGGCUCCUCCAACACUCCAGGUCGACGACGACGAGGUCGACUUGCCUGCCGACAUGGCGGAUUUCAUCAAGUCCGAAACACAGUGGGAGGAGCAGUUUAUCUGA